ACAACGACAAGGAUGUCUUUUGCAUAGCAGCUGGAUAAUCCAAAAUGAACAAGACAAUUCUUAUUGUGCUUAUUCACGGCUUCAAGGGCGAUGAUGCUACAUUUGGCGAGUUCCCAGAGCACCUCCGUGCACUGGUUAGACGGAAGCUUCCCGCUAUCAAAGUCGUUACGAUAGUAUAUCCCAAGUACGAGACUCGGGGCGAUUUGAGAGAAAGCGUGGGCAGGUUCCGGGAAUGGCUGCAAGAUAAAGUAAUCGAUUUGGAAGUGGCAAAUCGGACUGCUUCGCCUACUGUUGACCCCUCCGUCCAUGUCUUCCUGGUUGGUCAUUCGAUGGGUGGCAUAGUAGCAGCAGAUACACUUCUGCUAUUGGCAUCAGAACGACCCCUAACUCCCGAAGAGCCGCUGGAUGAUGAUGAUGAUGCAUCAAGUCAAAUAUCGGCAAAUUCGCACGAUUCGACUGUUGCCCACUGCCCCCGCCUCGUGGAACCUAGUGAUUAUAUGUUUCCUCAUGUCCAAGGAGUGAUUGCAUUCGAUACACCUUAUUUGGGAAUAGCACCGGGGGUUGUUUCAUAUAAUGCUGAAGGGCAUUAUAAAACAGCCACGUCAGCAUACAAUGCGAUAUCAGAAGUAGCUGGCUUUUUCGGAUGGGGGAAGAGUAAUAACGACACUGCUGUCAGUCAACAAAAAGAAGCAGUGACGACGACAGUUACCCAAACGUCGACGGGCCAAACCAGCCCUGCCACGGAUGCUGCCGCCACGCCGUCCUGGCAACGAUGGGGUCGAUACGCCAUGUUCGCGGGAGCAGCAGGCGCCGUCGCAGCAGGCGGAGCAGCAGCAAUGUAUACUCAACGUGACCGCCUAACAGACGGAUGGGGCUGGGUAUCGUCUCAUUUAUCAUUCGUUGGGUGCUUGGCCCGUCCCGCAGUGCUACGUCGACGCCUAGCUCGCUUAUCGAAGGUGCGCCGAGAACGCAACAUAGGCUGCACAAAUUUCUACACUGCAUUAGGCCAAGGUGCAGACCCACUAGUGGAGACAACGAACGAAGGACAGACACAAGUUGGUCAGAAAAUCAUACGCGCGAAAAACCGCACCUUUUGCACCCUCCCCACCGAAGAAGACGAGGCAGAGCCAGGACUGGGAUGGGUCAAAGCCCAAAACGACCAAGUCAAGAACGAACUCAGUGCCCAUGUCAGCAUGUUUUCUCAAAAGGCAAACCCGGCUUUCCAGGAACUUGUUGACAAUGCGGGACGGCUGCUGGUCAAAUCAAUUGACAAGGACUGGUACGCUUCUGCGAGGGGACCAAUUGAAGAAAUCAACGAGGGAUCUUCACGCCUUCGACUUGAAGACAGUGGUCGCUCUCGACAUGAAGGCAGUGGUCGCCCUCGACUUGAAGACAGUGGUCGCUCUCGACAUGAAGGCAGUGGUCGCCCUCGACUUGAAGACAGUGGUCGCUCUCGACAUGAAGGCAGUAGUCGCUCUCGACAUGAAGGCAGUAGUCGCAGCAGUCGUCACGAGAGUAGUCGCAGCAGUCGCAGUAGUCAUCAUGGCAGCAGUCGCAGCAGUCGCAGCAGUCGUCAUGGCGACACUCAUGGCGGCAGUAGUCACGUCAGUCGUGUCAGCCGCCCGGGCAAUCGUCGAAGAGACACAGAUAGCCCGUUCAUGAGUGGGGAUGAUGUUGUGAUGAUCAAUUGAAUGGGGCUACUUGUUGAGUUCAAGUUUGCAACCUCUACAUAUAUCGACACUCAAUAUCAGCAGCUUAGGAGUCUUCCAGACCAAUCUUCAACCUCCAUCACCUGCGCGUUUAGGUUAUGAUCCUGUGGAACAUACUGUGCUCCUCUUUGUGGCGGGCUCAUGGGCUUCGAGAAUAAUGAUAAACACCUUAUGCGUCGCAUAUUUACCCACGGUUUCCCGACUUCAAAAUCUAUUGCCAGAAUCUCAAGCCCAUUAGGUCCAUCGUCUGGGUCGUGCCUAGUUCAAUUUCAGUUCAAUUUCGCUUUGCUUGGAGACCCAUUGUGAUUAUUUCGAGAAUUGUUGUUGCGAAUACUUUUACUGGAUGUUGCACCUCUGUAUGCUCUCUUCAUCUUCGUAGCUAGAUAGGGAUUAGGAA